AUGCUGGAACAGGAGAUGGACACUUAUGCAGAUCUACCUGCGCCCGCAGAGGCAGACGGCGCGGCCGAGCCAGGUCCAAAGCGACAGAGAACAGCGGACGGCGCCGAUGCCAGAGCUCCGGAUGCCGGUGGGGCUGGGCUCAUGGAAGCCGAAGAGCCCGCUGGGACGGACGCUUUGGAGAGCACCUUGAGUCAAAUCAUGCAGACGGAUUUUGACAUCUCCUCCGUUCCUGCUGAGUCAGCGGCGUCUGACAUUCCGGCUACCGAAGGCUGCAUUCUUCGUGAAGUGAGUGAGCUGGAACGCACUAUUGCAGACUAUGGCCCCAGUUCUUCGUGGUCCUCCACCUUCAGACACGUGGUCCAAGGAGCACUGGCCGUACAUCGCUUACGACUCCUCGAUGUCAGUCGGCGAGAGGAAGUUUUGUUUCUCGAGCUUGUUGAGGGGUCUGGGAGACACGUCCGAGCCCAUGGUGGGCAGUGCUUCUUCUAUUCGGAGCACGGGCACUGGAACGCCUACAAGGGCGUCAUUCCCGAGGGCACACUGGCACGAUGCAAGAAGUUUCUCGUCCAGCUGGAGGGCCUUUAUGCGUCCUUUCACGGGAAUGUCUUCCGGGAUCACGAUGGAAUUUUAAAGGCUUCCCAAGAACUAUUGGAGAGACACUCGCUCCAAUCCGACAUCCUUCUGACUGCGUGCGAGAAGGCUGCCAUCUGCCGUAUGCCCCCGAAGUCCAAAGGAAGCAAUCCGGGGGAGGUCGACGACGUUCAAGAUCCGGGCGAUGACAAGGUCCAUUGGACAGUGGCCAUGGCCAACACCAUCGGCAAGCUGUACGUCAAAUUGCAGACUUCUCUCCUCAAUGACAGCAUCAUCAAGUACUACAUCGCGUGGUGUUCUCAGGACGUCAAGCCAGCGGGAGGUUUCUGCACGACCGAUGCAGCCUUCGCAUUCACCGCAGACGGCUUGCAUCCAGUUCGCAAGACACCACGCAACAACAUGUACGUCUACCUGCCACACAGAAUGCUGGAUCCCGUUGCAGAGGAUGUCAAGAAACGAGUCGAGCUCUUCUGGAAGACCACAUACUGGGCCAACGCGGAAGCAUUCCAGGUCUUCAUGGCUUCCUUCGUACUAGCUCUGCGUGGCGAAAAUGUAGACCGUGCAUUCUGGGGCAUCGGUUCCGGUGGAGUCGGACAGAGCCUACAGACGGCACAUUUGGAGGCGAUCCUCGGAGAGUACCACACUUGCCUGGACAUGAACAUCUACUUUGUGGACGAGGAGAUGCGGAAACAGGCGGCGAACAUUGUUGGCAAGAUCGUUGUCACGGGGCAGGAAAGUGUGCAAGGCAGUCGGCGCUCCAUGAGAGAGGACAUAUACAAGAAACAUAUCUCUGCCGACAAAGUGCCGGAACGUUUGCCUUAUGCCAUCCACACGGCAUUGGUCGAGUUGCGCGGCUGGAAACGCUUCGAACUCAACACAGCACCAAAGUUCGGCGGUGUCACCGAUGAGACCAUCAACUCUAUUCUCAGAAGAACAGCGGUCUGUGCCUACAAAAGCAGCUUCGUCGAUCCUGCUCGCAUCGCAGGAAGAGAGGAGCUGGCGGCGUCGCACGGAAUUUUCCCCCGGGACCCCACACUCAAAGAUUUCCUACGGGACAACCCGGCUUGCCUGGUAACACUGCGGUGCGUGUGGAACUAUGCCAGGAAUCGGACAGCGGAGCAAUGCCGCGAUGUCCUGGAGAAGUACGUUGUCCGUGGCGGGGACUGCGGCUUGACGCUGGCGACCGUCCGGCGCAGCUGUGGCUUAACGCCAAAUGAAACUCCGGAUGCCGACCCUGUGCGUGAGGUCUUGGACGCCCUUUCCAAGAAAGCAGCCGCGUCUGCUGUCGCAGAGCCUUCUGCAGAGGUCAAGGCUGCGGAGGUGCAGGCAGCCGCCGUCCAGGCCACCGUCGCCAAGCACAAAGCGGAGCAAGAGGAAUCCGUUAGUCAAUUGCGGGACUGGCUGGUCGCAGAGCGUAAAGACUGGUUCACCGCUGCACAGCUGAAAAGUGCCAAGGCCAAGUUCGUCUUCAAUUUCAACCGCUGUGAUGCCCAGCAGGUGAUCGACAAGAUGCUGGCGAGCGGCCGACUUGUAGCUGCACCUACAGUUCUGCCUAAGGUUGGCCAGACGACUCUUUACCUGCCGGUCUACUUCUGCGAGAAGUCACUUGACGCGGUGGUGUCUCUGGUUCAUGACACAGAGAUGACCUUCAUAGAGGCAUACCAUGUGUCCGGCGUUCGCUCUCGCCUGGCAGCAGACUCCUCGCGAAGUUUGAACAUCAGGACGCUCGCUGAGAAUUACAAGAAGAAAGAUGCGGCGCAGCAGCCCAACAAAAAGAAAGGAGCUCCCAAGCGAAACGCAGACGUCGAUGCUGCCGAUUCCAGCAUCUGGGAGGACCUUAUCCAGGCAUUAGACAGACAGACAUCCUUGCAUCGGGAGGUGCUGGAGGCGGCUCAGGAGGCGGAUUCAACAGACGAGAAUCUAUAUGUGAAAGUACAGCGUCAGUACUUCUAUCCCCGGGACAUCCGCUGCCGCCGAUAUGUCACAGAAGUCGGUGCUCAGAGUAUGUCUCGACUCACACGAGCCAUCUGCUGCCCUCAGACAGCUGACUACGACAUCGCCUCAGCCAUGUUCAACAUCGUCGUCCAACUAUGCGACAUGGUACAGCCGACAGGCCUGGAAAUUCCCUCAUGGCGUGCCAUUGCCACGAACCGCAGCCGUGUUUGCAGUGAUCAGCUGAAGUGCACCGAAUCGGUCGGCAAGAAGAUUCUCACGGAGGUCGCCAAUGGAGCGAUGCC